CUGUGGAAGCUACAGCCUACAGCUGCACUCCACUGCGAAUGGUGUGGGAGUGUGGAUGCUCACUUUGCAACCUACUUUCGAGUUUGGUUGUGCGGUUGGUCUCGCUGCGAUGGCUCGAGGAUUUGUGUACGGGAAGCGUAAGCGGAAGAAGAGGUUCAUGGCGGAUUUGGGUCGCAGAGGUAUUCGUGUUCGACGGUCUGGAAAGUCAUCUGUUGAAGAAGCAACGUUGGUCACAAGUGAUUCCAUCCGCAUCAAGGAGGAACUCCAGGACGAUGACUUCUCUCUUUUGCCAGAGAAUGAUGAAGGCAGAGAAGAACCUGUCGGUGCUGACUACUCAGAAACAACAACGACGACAGCAGCUGCAAGUGAUCCUUUUGGCAUCAAGAUGGAAGCUUGCACCACCAGCUGUUCAUUCUUGCCCGGGAAAACGGAGGAAUUUAUGGCCGACAGCUGUCCAGCUGCAAUGAUGGCUGGGAAUGACUCCAUCUGCAUUAAAGAAGAACUGCAUGGGACCAGCUCACAUGUCUUACCAGGAGAAAACCAUGGAACCAGUGAAGAACUUAUCACUGGUGACUGUCCAGGUGCUAGCAGCGGCGAGGCAGAAGGCAGCCAAUCAGCAUCGACUGGUGGGACUGCAAAGAGGACAGUAGGAGUCGAGUGGACCGAAGGCGAGACGAAGUUCCUGCUGGACAAGUAUGCGGCGUACCUCCAAAUGAUUGGACCUCUAAAACAGUUCGAAAACAGAAGGGUAAUGUUCACGCAGAUAUCGGACGACAUCCGCGAUACAUUAGGCACAGAGAAGAACCACAUCCAGUGCGAAAAUCGCAUAAAGACGGUACUGCGACGGAAGAAGCCCACCACGGGGAAUAAUUUCCGACCAGGAGCUCCGCCGCGCCCAGAUCCGUACGAGGAAGAGUCUAGGGCCAUCGCGUUGAAGGACAACGGUGCACACCCGGAACUCCUAUGCAAUGCCUCUUUUAUCGCAUUCAGGGGUGCAUCAACCGUGCCCCUUGCCUUCCAACAAACUGCGACACCGGCCCCUGAGGAUGGAACUCCAGCUGCGACACCACGGGGGUCAACAAGUGACGAAACUGGACAGCGAGACAGUGAUGCAGACGACGCGGCUGCAGUUUCGGGGCCUCGAAGCCGCAGCCGAUGGCAAGGCACGGUCCAAAUGCAAGACAUGAACUUCUUCUUGGAGAAGUUCGAGGAGAUUGAAGAGAAGAGGGCAAAGAGGAGAGAUGAGCGUGAAGAGAGGAGGAAAAAGGAAAUGGAGCAGAGAGAGAGGAGAAGAGAAGAGAGGCAUCAGGAAAAGCUCGAAAUGAUGCGGAGAAUCCUCGAAGCGUGCAAGAAUGAUAACUGAACUGAGCGCUCUGCUUUCAUUUUGUGUUAGCUGUGAAACAAAUUUUUUAUCAACCAUCUCCACGAAUAGUAGAACAAUUUUCAGUCAUCAUUUCUUUUUUCAACCCUGUCACAUAGUAAAAUACCAUCGAAGCU